AUGGCAUACGGCAUCGAAGCCGUAAUCCCAGCUGAAAUCAAAGUCACAAGCCUUCGACGAGACCACAGUCCCAACAGCCCAGAACUCAACGAAGACAUGCUAAGGGACAGAUUGGACCUAAUCGAAGAGAAGCGAGAUCAAGCCCUGGUCUGUAUCCAGAAUUAUCAAAACACAGUAACUCGCUAUUAUAAUUCUAACGUCAAACAGCAAAGAUUCAAAGUGAACGACCUAGUCUUACGAAAAAUCUUCAAAGAUCCGGGAGGAAAACUCCGACCACCCUGGAACAGCCCCUUCCGUAUAACAGAAGUAGUACGCGACGGCAUCUACAAGCUCUACGAUUACGUGAAGAAGGUACACGAACCGCAUCCCUGGAACGCAGCCAACCUAAAACGAUAUUACUACUGA